AUGCAAGCAACUGCUGGGUAUCCUGACGAUGGCAAUGAGCUCGUGGUUGGUGGGAGGCACCCUCUCUUGGAGAAAGAGACUUUCGAGCAGCUGCACCGAAACGACAUAGUCGAGACACGGCCACAUACACUGCAUUUUGGCGGCUUCCAGAUACACCAGGAACACACACAAGUUCUCAGAGUGGUGAACAUUUCGCCAUCAUCUUUGAGGGUGUCAAUCAUCGGUCCGUCCACCCCGUGGUUCCGUAUCACUGUAGACAAGAAGGGCUUGCUAGCGCCAGGAAUGAGUGAAGACGUGACCGUCUCGUUUGAGCCCCACGAAUGGCGAUACUAUUACGACACCAUCAAAAUAUUCUGUGGAGAGUUAUCUGAAAAUUUGAUCGUGCCGAUUCAUGCAUACCCAUCAGCCAACGACAUUGUCUUGCCACGGAUUAUUGACUUCGGUGCGAUCGCCAUUGGAACGUCGAGAUCUAAGGUAAUCCCGCUGUCCUGCAAGAUUCCGAUUCAGUUUGAGUUUGAAAUUGACGUCGUGGAAUCCCACUCCGACUUCAGCAUAUCUCCGCUGGCAGGUGUCAUACCUGCAGAUGGAAGCACGGAGGUCGUCAUCACGUUCACACCAACGCGGCACAGGACUGCAAGGGGCGAACUUCGAUUCCAGAUUGCACAGUUCGACUUCCAGCCCAUGAUGGUCACGCUCCUCGGGUCUUGCUCACCAGAGGCUGCAAAGCUGGAGGUGCUGCGGUCUGAAAUUCUGGAGCUGGAAGCUGCUGAGGCCACAAAGAAGCAGGAAGCUUUGGCUGAAUCGAUCAACAAGCUCCAGGGAAAGAAGAAGAAUCCUAUGCGAGUUGUCCUUCCAACCUUCAAACGGGAAGAGCUGGAACGGACCAUCAGCGGCGUCAAGGUACCCACGACGAGAACUGAUCAACAAGCCACGAACUACAUUCUGAAUCAGACUGCCGGAAAGCUGCCACUGAAGGACUUGGUCGCAUUCAUCCGUGAGCAGCGGCAGGCAGCAGACCAACGGCGACGUUUGGUGUCAGACAACUUCCAGAACCAGUCAGAGGAGGCAGAGGAGGAGGAGGACAAGCAAGCCGCAGAGUUGCGCUUCGAGCUCCAGUACCGGGAGGUGGACAAGCGAGACAAGGACAAGGAACUCAAGAGUACGCGUGCGACUGGGGAAGAGCCUCCAGCUGCACAAGAAGUCUCGGAUGUAUGUGCUGCGCGCAAAGCAAGGCACGAGAAGCUCCUCCAGUAUCGCAUCGGGCAGGACGUUAAACGUGUGGAGUCGGUCUUAAUUCACACGAGAGUUGCUGUCCCGAGUAGCUUCAAGCCGGCCUUGAAGCCUGAAUGGGACGAAUGUGCCAAUGACACCUUCUCGGUCAGGCUGCAGGUAAUCGAGCGGUUUGUGCGAGCAGGCUCAAAGGCGGGCGGUCUUCGCAUGUCAGAGCUGUACGAUGGUCCCGUCCCUGCUCACGUGCAUGCAAUUGCAUGCGGGAAUCACACCCAUGUAGUGAAACACACGUGUGUGUGCAGUAACAUGCGAUAA